GUUCGGACGUUCGAUCGAUUUACUGCGGGUCGGUUCAAAGCAGAUCAGUGUUUUAUAAAUGUUAAGUGGAAUUUCUUUAAAGGGAAAUGUAUUCCAUGUGAUUUAUCCUGUGUUACACCAGUUAUACGUUAUCUGUGACAAGUUGAAUAGUGUUCACGUGGUUUUCGGUAGAAACCUCCAGUAUCACGUACAUCUAACGGUGGAUUUUGCUGGCGCGAUGGUGUCGUUGUGAAGCACACUGCAGAGAGCUUGUGAUUAAUGCAUAUUCACCGAAUUUGGACCACCCGAAAGCCUAGAAAGUCAUAAAUUUGAUUUCAGAACAUUAAAUUAUAAAGUCAGCCAUGCAAAUAAAUCGUCUUGUUCCAGCAUUUAUAAUCGUAGCCUUUGCAAUAAUUAGCGCGACCGGCAGCAACGCGACUGAUAACGAUGAACUGUGGAUGCUUUUGGUGAGCGGAAAGCUCGACCAGAUCAAAACAAAGACGGAGCCGGAGGUCACGCCCCGGGAUACAACGAUUCAUUCAGAAAUGGCUAUUAGCGGCAAUAACAAUUACGAGCAGAUUGAUAAGACGACGCUGUCGGAAAAUGCUGACGAACAGCUGUUCGACUUCAGGAAUUCCUGGGAAGAAGAAACGGAAGCGUUCAAGAAGAACAGCAAUGAAGAUGACAACGUCACAAUGCCAGCGUUGUUUAGCGUCGAAGAGCAAGGUUCCGUCGAGUUUGAUGCUAGUGGUGAGCUGUUCGGUGAUAGUGAAGAAAUGCAAGCAGAUCAGGCUGAUCUGGGUGAUGACAUCAUUGAUGUGCUACGCAGGAAACCAGCAUCACGUGAAGUGCUGAGUUUGCUUGGAUUGUUGAAAGAGAAGAACGAGACGGAUAAUAUGAAACUGAAACUGCAACAAGUUCUGCGACCAGUUUCGGAACGUGAGGAUUUGGGAAAUAUUUUGGAAGAAAAUAAAUUAUUAAGUGAUUCAAUUGCACCUGAACCGCUUGUAUCUGAUGGAGCGGAAAUUCCUCAAAUAACCAACAUUUUAAUACCAAAACUGGGCACCAAAUUAUCGAAUAUUCGUAACAAUUACGAAGCCUUGGUGGAAGGGCAGCGCAGUUUGGUUAUCGUAUUCGAUGCAACCGGGUCAAUGCUCGAUGAUCUGAAACAGUUGCGCGAUGGAGCCAAGCUGAUCAUCGAUGAAAUCACUCACCUAAAAAAUAAUCCAAUCUACAAUUAUGUUUUUGUGCCGUUCCGAGAUCCUCAAGUCGGUCCCCGGUUGGUGACUCGAAACAAAGACGAACUGCUGCAAGCAUUGGAAAAUCUUCAAAUAUACGGAGGUGGAGACUGCCCAGAGGCUGCUCUGGCUGCCAUUUCGGAUGCAAUUGAGGCAGCCCUUCCGCAUUCGUUUGUUUUCGUUUUCACAGAUGCUACUGCCAAGGAUUUUAAAUUAGAUCAGAGAGUUUUACGGCUUGUGCAACAGAAGCAAACUCCAAUUACUUUCCUUCUAACAGGUUUUUGUGAUGGAAAAAAUACUCCUGGUCAUAAAGCAAUGAACGAUAUUGCUGCUGCCAGUAAUGGGGAAAUUUUUGACUUGAAGAAAGAUCAGAUCGAACAAGCUCUACUUAGUAUUAGGGGUAUGCUGAACAUAGAUCACGUCCCUUUGAAGGCUGUGGAUUCUCGGACAGCCGAAACGCAUGAUAUCGACCUCGAUGUGGAUGCAACCCUGAAGGAGUUUAGCGUUAGUGUAGCCGGCCAUCGACCAAACAUCGAAAUAACUGAUCCUCAGCAGGUUCCGUACAAUAAAUCGAAAGCCAUAUUGGAUCUGGAGAAUGUGAAAGUUGUAAAUGUACCGGAUCCGAUAGCGGGCAAGUGGAAUAUCAAAGCUGGUUCUAACUCGCCUCACUCGGUUCGGCUUUCAGGCAACAGUGAUGUUAAGUUCAAAUUUGGUUUCUCGCAAGCCAAGCCAACAUCGAUUUCAACGCUUUUCCGUCAACCCGUUCUUGACGCGGCUAACAUACUGACAAUUCAACCUUCUCAAACAGAUGGAUUCGAUACGUUAUCGAAUGUGACGAUCACAUCUCACGACACCGGUGAUGCUGGGGCAACUUCAUUCAAAUUUACACUCCCACUCAAUAAAACUCUGCUAGAAGAUUCGUCCACCGUUUAUACGACCGACGCCUUCAGGGCUCCACGACAAAAGUUCAAAAUAACCGUCGCCGGAAAAGAUGUGGAUGGCAAUCGCUUAGAUCGCUUGAUAUCGACCGCUAUACAAGCUGCCGGAUUAAGUGCUCCAGAGCUUUCGUUAGACUUUACCGAUACAGAGCUACUAGAAGGUGAUGAGCUGCAGAUCAACUGUCGCGUUGAAUCUCUCUCCCCAGUUGUUGUUCAAUGGAAGCGGUUCAAUCGACAGCUAUCGGAAAGAAAUUUCAAUUUAACAGAUUCCUUUAAGCUGCAAAUAUCAAACGUAACGAUUAAAAACUCGGGACGCUAUGCAUGCCAUGCAAAAAACAGUAUAGGCGAAAAUGAAAUAAUAGCUGUUGUUAAGGUCAAAGCCCGUCCAGAACCGGUAGUAGGUGUUUACCCAAAAGAUAUUGUAGCAUUCGAACAUGAGGCCCUUAUAGCACUUCGUUGUAUUACGAAAAAUAUCAGUCCUAAGGUUCCAAAAAUAUGGAGUUUCAACGGAGUCGAACUGGAGGAAGCUUUCGGAAAAGAAUAUCUUGAAUUGUACCAUAUUACAUCUAAAGACGCCGGUUCCUACGAGUGUCGAGUCGAAUCCGAUGGAAGAAUGAUUUGGGAUUCAACUAAUCUCACGGUGGAAUACGCACCCAAGGCUCCUGCAGAGCUAUCAAAUAUAGCAACAGCUGCCUAUGGUAAACCACUAGCUUUGGAAUGUGGUUUAGAAGGAAAUCCAAAACCUUCAAUUACAUGGAGUUACCGACCUUUAGACGAGCUGGAAGAAGUGCCACUUAGAGAAAAUGGUUUCACUCUGACGCUGCCAAUAAUUUCUCCAGAAGUUGAGGGUUCGUACGUUUGUGACGGUAGAAAUCGUCACGGUUCAGCAAGAAGAACCAUUACGGUGAUAGGCGAAGCAAAUGAGCCUCCCAAAAUCCCUAGGCCGGAUAAUGCGAUCGUGUAUGUUCAACCUGGGGAUAAAGUAAUACUGAACUGCUCUUGUGACCUUUGUCAACCACUAAGUGAAUAUAUAUGGACAAAUGAACGACUAACGUUUGAAAGUAGUCCUCAUGAUGCGCAAAAUAACGUCGAAGUUAGUUUAAAUAUCGAUCAAACUCGUAAUGCAGUACAGUAUCAGUUGAUUAUUAACAACUUUAAUCCGGGAGAUCCAGGCAUCUACAGCUGUAUUCUGUCCAAUGCGCAUGGAGCCGACAGCAUCGUUGUAGAAGUUCGCACGAUGGAAGCACCUUACAUAGACGGAAUUCUUGUUGAUGAGAAGUUUGUGGAUGCCGAGCACGUUGGACUGGAUGAUUCAAUACAUCAACUCACUUGUGAAAGUACAGGGCUUCCAGAGCCGCAAAUACGAUGGUAUUUUAAUCGACAAAUCAUUAAUAAGACAGAUACACGAUUCAGCUUGGUAAACGACAACAAAACGCUCGUAUUUAUGGAGCAUUUCAAACAAGAUCAUACUGGUCUCUACCAAUGUCUAGCAUCGAAUCCCAUGGCAACUCACAUGAGUGAACUUUCACUGCGACACGGUAGCCCUCCGUACUUCCCCAGAACAUCUCCCACAUCCAUUAGCAGUCGAGUUGGUGAAGAAAUAUCGCUCGAAUGCCACGCCUCUGGAGUACCGAAACCGGAGAUAACGUGGUAUUUCAACGAACAACCACUUAACAGGAGCAUACCCUUCGAAGCCACCCUGGAAGACUCCGGAAUCUACAGGUGCACCGCAAGCAACGCAUUUGGAGAGCAAUCAUCCGCGACCACCGUGGUUGUUUAUGGAAAGCCACAGUUUUUGCUUGGUCCUCCCGAAGAUACCGCCAUUGCCGCGUCCCGUGGCGAAAAUGUUAGUUUCGAGUGCACAGCGAUUGGAUUUCCGAAGCCCAACAUCAGCUGGACAUUUGAGGAUCAACCGAUUGAUAUAGAAAACGUUGAGUUCACCGAUAUAGGUUUAUUGAUCGUGAAUGUUACAAGGUUGUCCCAGGGUACCUACGUUUGUAAUGCUGAAAAUGCGAUUGGAAAUAAUCAAAAAGUCUACUACCUAGUCGUGAAAGAACCACCAAAAGUUACCAGUAGCAUUCCUGAACGCGCUCAGUUGCUUCCAAACCAAGAAAUUAUACUUAACUGUGAAGGCGAAGGAAAUCCUCCGCCACAGGCUUCUUGGCGUCGGAAUAACCAGCUGCUGAAUACAAAUGCAAGUUUAAAGAUUGCCUACAAUCAACAAUCCCCUGGCAACUAUACUUGCACACUGGAAAACGAAGAAGGAAGUGACAGCCGAUCAACGGAGAUAACAAUUCUGAACCCUCCAACGAAAGCUGUGAAUGCCUCCGAAACUGGUCCAGUUGUGCAGGCAAAGGAGAACAACUCUCUAGCACUAGUUUGUCCCUUCGAAGACUAUGAGAGCUUACUCUGGCAUCUCAACGAGCGCAAUUUAGACAGCUACGUUGACAUGUCGGAUGUGCAUACAUUGAAAAAUAUCCUACAAAUCGAUCGACUUCGUCAAACACACGCUGGAACGUACACGUGCUUUGUUGAGAAUCCAGCGGGUAGAAAUAAUCAUACAUUUAUUGUGGGAAUCCUUUCGCCACCGAAAAUCGAACACAUCCUACACGGAACCGCAGAUUACGACGGGGAAGACGACGAUGAAAUCGAUUCUUCGAGUGAAACGAACGUUGCGGAAGUCACGCUUCUACGAGGCGAGGAGUUGCAGCUGGUGUGUCACGCAAGCGGCUCACCACAACCGACAGUAUUCUGGAGUAAAGAUGAUUCUAUAAUCUCCCGGAGCAGUGAAUUGGCGAUCGAAGACAUCGAUACACAUCACAGUGGCCUGUACACGUGCGUAGCCGAGAAUGAGCUGGGCAAUGCCCGCAAAGUGUACCGGCUAGACGUUAUGACAUCGCCCAGACACUGGGGGGAAGCGAUCAAUCACAUCGAGGUGUUCAAAGAUGAAGACCUACAGUUGGACUGCACGAUGCGUGCCAACCCUCCUGCGUUGUUCCACUGGAUGAAGGACGAUAUAAUUCUGGAAGAGUUUGAAGAUGUUUUGGACUUAAGCGUAAUACAACCGCAGGAUUCCGGUCUGUACACUUGUGAGGCGGAAAACAUUUUCGGAGUCGACGAAAAGAAGUUCCAAGUUACUGUCUAUCAGAGUCCGGAAAUAACGCGCUUCCUCGAAAGACAAACCGUUCUUAUCGACGAACCGUUGACAAUUUCUUGCCAGGCUAGCGGUAGUCCACUGCCAGUAGUCAGCCUCAUAUAUAAAGGUGAGGUUCUUGCGUCAACGACUGACGCGGAUCUCGAUUCCUUGGCCCUCGAUCAGUCCUAUCGGAUCACAGGCAAAACAUACGCUCUACAGAAGCAACUAUUCUCGGUUACAAAAACAUCCGAAUACGAAAUUCAACUAAGCCUCCACCAAUCGAAUGCGACACCUAGUUCGGCUGGCAAGUACCUUUGCUUAGCGCAAAAUGCUGUUGGUUAUGACGAACGAAAAUCCACCAUCGAGGUACUCGUUCUACCGUUUGUUCAAGCAAACAAACUCAAAGCCGGACCCGCUUUCCAUAUCUUGGAGGGUCUUCCACUGUUUUUGUUUUGUCCUAUAGCAGGUCAUCCGAGACCUUCCAUCAGCUGGUUCCGCAAUUCAAAACCCAUUAAAUCCAACGAUCAAACCCUAUUCCUAUCAGCAACGAGCCGAAAAGAUGGUGGCAAUUAUACCUGUCUUGCAGAGAAUUCCGUCGGGAAAUUCGAGCUCACGUUUUCAGUGAGCAUUUUGGUGCCUCCGACGAUGAUAAAUAGUGUAGUUUUCAGCGACAACGAAGCCAUAGCCGAUCAGCCGGAACAGGAGGAAGUGUCUAUUUUGAAAGGUGAUAACGUUACACUGGACUGUGCUAGUUUGGGUAAUCCAACACCGGAGAUAUACUGGACCAAGGUAGUGUAUUUGGAUGAAAAAUUGAACGAACGCCUGCCGAAUAAAGAUUCAGUUUUGGAGUUGUACAAUAUCGAGUCAACAUCGACAUAUUCCUGCUACGUAAACAACAGUGCCGGAUCAACGCAGAAAUUGUUCCACAUAGUGGUUCAAUCACCUCCGCAGUUUAAGGACAUCGAUUAUGCGUUAAAACCGAUGGUGCUGUUGCAUCAUAGUCUUGAUUUAAACUGUGAAAUGAUUGGCGUCCCGGAAGCGGAAGUAAUUUGGACCAAAGACGAUACGCCGUUGAGCAAUGAACGGUCAGGAUUCUUCCUGGCGUCCAAUGGUCAAAUAUUGAGAAUCUCAGGAGUGCAAUCUUCGGAUGCAGGAAACUACAGGUGCGUCGGUCGCAACCUGCAUGGUCAAGUUAGUCGUGACUUUCAUGUCAGCGUGGAAGUUCCUGUGAGCUGGUCUCCUUGGGGUGAAUGGAGUGCGUGCAGUGCAACUUGCGGCAAAGGAACACAGUUUCGGUCUCGCAUCUGUCUUCUACCGAGCGGUUCUCCGGCCCAUGGUACUCAGUACAAUUGUGUAGGUGAGAAUGUUCAGCUUAAGAACUGUGAAAUGCUGCCGUGUUCAGUGAACGGUGGCUGGGGAAUAUGGAGUAGGUGGAGUAAUUGUUCACUGGAUUGCAUCGUCGAGUUCACCGGAAUGAAAUCCGUUAGUUUUCGCACUCGUAAAUGUGAUUCUCCGGCGCCGUCACUGGGAGGAAAACCUUGUGUUGGGGAUGAACGUGACGAGACUGUAUGUAAUGUGAAGUUUUGUCCUAUCAACGGCGAUUGGACUUCCUGGACUAACUGGACACCUUGCAGUGAGACUUGCGGGUUUGGUCGGUCGAUUCGUUGGAGAAGUUGCGCUAACCCGGCACCUCGAAAUGGUGGCCUUCCAUGUGUAGGUUCGGAAAGCGAAAUUCAGAUAUGUAAAAUACGCGAAUGCAUAGUGGACGGCGGCUGGUCGGAUUGGGGUUCUUGGUCUAAGUGUAGUAAACCAUGCGGUGUCGGUGUGCGUCAUCGGAAACGCUCUUGCACAAAUCCGGAGCCCAAAAAUGGUGGCAACGAAUGCGAAGGGGAAAACAUAGAAGUCGAUAAAUGUUCUAGCAAAUCCUGUCGAAACGACGCACUUUUGAAAAACAUCAACCGUGAUUCAAAGGUAGAUAUACCGAAAUUUUUAAAAAUAAGAUACUUUAUAUUGAUAUUGUUUUUUCAGCGCAAAUUUUCCCCUCUUCUAACGUACGAGACGAAACAUCCAUCCUUGGAAAAUGAAUAUGAAGAUGUUUCCAUGGAUAAUGAAUCACAGAAUUUCAAAGUGAUUCGAAAUUUUGAAUUCGUGGAAGCCCCACCUGUUGAAUAUUCUGACAUUCCAACCGAGAAGGAUUAUGACGACGAUGGUUACCACAAGAUCACCGUAAGUCUUAAGAACACGGUACAACUAUCGCCAGAUACGACAGCGUACAAUCUGAACUUUGGCGGAAUCAGUAACGCAAUACAGUUCAACUGUGUCGCCGGAAUGGUCUACAAUGAAACACUUCACAGAUGUGUGGACCUGAAUGAGUGCGAGACUGGCGAUCACAGUUGUAAUAGUCAAGGUCAGGUGUGCGUCAAUACUAGAGGUGGAUACGAGUGCCUUUGCUCGUCUGGCUAUCGAAUGGUACACGACGAUUGUGUGGAUGUUAACGAAUGCCGAGAGGAAAUCCACGAAUGUACACAUUUCUGCACGAAUGAACUUGGUAGUUAUAGCUGCUUUUGCCCGGCAGGUUAUACGAUGGCGUCCGAUGGGAAAACAUGUAGCAAACGACGAACUCGGGAGCAGCCUGCCUAUAGUAUCAUAAACUAUGAAAUGACUUGUCCCGAAGGAUAUCUUCUGGAAGGCAAUAAGUGUGUCGAUGUCGACGAAUGUGCCUUUAAAGAAGACGAAUGCGGUGAGGGUCAAACUUGUUUGAACACCCGAGGUAGCUACGUAUGCGUUCCAACAGCUUGCCCGGAAGAAUAUGAAGAGGACGAACUUCUAGAGCAAUGCUACCAGGACUGUCGCUUUGGCGUUAACCAACGGUGCCCCGAUGGAGCACACGUAGAGCAAACCCUAACGUACCGAGUGAUAGUUCUGAACAAGUACAGUCCCAGGCAACCGCUAGCCACUCUGGCCAUUCCGGCCUAUCAACGCACCACGACAGAGACAACGUUUUCCUUUCUAGAGCAGACCUACGGUCAGGUAUUUAGUUUGGAGAAAACUCCACAGAGCUCAGGUGCAGUCUACCUGUACGGUUCGAAACGGAUGCAACGUGGUAAGAUCUAUAAGCUGAAAAUUGUUGCACAUGCGUUUGGUAUUGAAUCGAGAGUUAUGGACUACGUUCACAAAUUUACCGUUUAUGUGCAUCUUAUCGAGCAGCUCAAAAAGGUUCACUAAGUACAGUGAGCUUGCGAUAGUGAAUAUUGACAGCUAUACACUAAAAAUAUGUAGUUGAUAAAAUAGAUUAUUUACAGAAUUAACAUAAGGUAGUCUGUAUGCCAAAAACACUAACAAAUUUAUGUUUACGUCAUAGAUAAUUUAAUAAAGA